AUGCAAUCUAUGAAUGUACAGCCGAGGAUACUUGCUGUGGGAGGUGAGCAGUUUUUCUCUCAGAGGCAGGCUUCUGAACAGCACCAGCAACAAAAUAUGGGACCUCAGGUGUAUUCGCCACAGGUUAAUAGAGCAAGAAUGUUUCCUCAAGGGAUGCCUGUUAAUACGAUGAAUGGCUCUGUGAAUCAGGAGAUGAACAAUGCCUACCUUUUGAAGCAGAAGGGCGACCCGCUGUUAAACCAGCAGCAGCAGCAACAGCAGCCAUUUACGAUAGGAACACCCGUUUCAGUGACUAGUUUGCCUCCGGGCUUAAACGUUCUACAGCAGCAGCAACAGCAGCAACAACAGCAACAACAGCAACAGCAACAACAGCAGCAGCAACAGGGGGUGGGCCUUAAUCGUUCCUUGGCUUCUCAACUACCCAAGCACUUAACUAAUCAAAAUAUGCCACCGAUUUUUUUACCACCGCCAAAUUACCUUUUCGUUCGUGAUGUCUGGAAGUCCAACCUUUACAGUGAAUUUGCUGUUAUUAGACAACUGAUCUCCCAGUAUAACCACGUGUCAAUAAGCACCGAGUUCGUGGGGACUUUGGCCCGGCCAAUCGGUACUUUCAGGUCGAAGGUCGAUUACCACUAUCAGACAAUGAGGGCCAACGUAGACUUCUUAAACCCAAUACAGCUCGGGCUUUCUUUGAGUGAUGCCAGCGGUAACAAGCCUGACAAUGGUCCGUCGACCUGGCAAUUCAAUUUUGUAUUUGACCCAAAAAAGGAAAUCAUGUCUACAGAAUCACUAGACUUACUCAGAAAAUCAGGCAUCAAUUUCGAAAAACACGAGAAUUCAGGUAUCGACGUAUUUGAGUUUUCACAACUGCUGAUGGACUCUGGCUUAAUGAUGGAUGAUUCUGUUACCUGGGUCACAUACCACGCUGCUUAUGACCUAGGCUUCCUUAUCAGUAUCCUAAUGAAUGACGCCAUGCCCAACAAUAAGGAGGAUUUUGAAUGGUGGGUCCACCAGUACAUGCCCAAUUUUUACGACUUGAACCUAGUGUACAAAAUAAUUCAGGAAUUUAAGAACCCUCAAUUGCAGCAAUCUUCACAACAACAGCAGCAGCAGCAGUAUUCACUGACUACACUAGCUGAUGAGUUGGGCUUACCAAGAUUCUCCAUUUUUACUACCACAGGCGGACAGAGUCUAUUAAUGCUUUUAUCCUUCUGCCAAUUGAGCAAAUUGUCCAUGCAUAAGUUCCCAAACGGUACGGAUUUCGCCAAGUACCAAGGUGUCAUAUAUGGUAUUGACGGGGACCAAUGA